CUCAGCUUCUCUGCGACCAACAUGUCUGUAAAACUCGUCCUCCUGGCCGCCCUCGCGGCUCUGGCCUCCGCCGUCCCCCGUCCCGACUCUCCUCCCGUCUACCACGCUCCUCACCCGACCUACAAGCAGCCAGGAAUGCCCUUCGACUUCAGCUACGCCGUCAAAGACCCCUACUCGGGCAACGACUACGCCCACGCCCAGACCAGCGACGGUCACGUCACCUCCGGAUCCUACAGCGUGGCUCUUCCCGACGGCCGAACCGAGAUCGUCGAAUUCACCGCCGAUCACGACAACGGCUACGUCGCCAACGUCGCCUACGAGGGAGAGGCCUCGUACCCCGCCCACACCCCUCCUACCAUCCCCCUCCCUCCUACCACAAUGAAAUGUGAAAAUUUAAAUAAAGAGGCUGAACACAAGGUGGAUUCUGAGCUAAUCUGA